AUGAUAGAUUGGACUGGUCCCUCAGCAGCCCCCCUCCGCUCCGCGCCCACCAAACCCGCCUGUACCCAAUCACGCCACUGCCCUUCCUUCCUCUCCCGCUCCCACCCUUUCCCUCCGCACUGCUGUGCCUUCCCCUCCCCCCUUCUCCAUGCCCUGCUCCCCCCUUCUCCAUGCCCUGCUCGCCCCUUCUCCAUGCCCUGCUCGCCCCUGCGCGCCCCACCUCUGAGUGCGCCAGGUGUGUUUCCGCAACGCACUCUUCCCGCUGAACCGCCUGCACACGGCGCAGGCAGCGGACACGCUGAGGCAGUGGGCGCUGCUGGGCGCGGGGGGGCGCAGCAAGGGCAAGGGCAAGAAGGGGAGGCAGUCGGGUGUGGUGCGCGUGAAAGUGCUGCGCACCAGCCGCAGCCUGCCGCCCGUGCCAGCCACGCCUGGAUCCCAGGUCUCCUCUGCCCCACGGCGCAUGAGGUGGCAGGUGAUGGUGCUGGAGCGAGGUGCCUGGUGGCAACAGGCAUGGCGCGCAUGCUCUUGGAGCCACGAGCGGGUGCCCCUCGCCCCGCAGCGCAUGCGCUGGCAGGUGAUGCUGCUGGAGCGGAAGCAGGGUUAGUGUGCACGACCCCCCACCCCAUGCUCCUGCCGAGUUCUCCUCGUGCCAUCUGUGUCUCCCUGCGACUCAAUCCAGCUGCCAUCAGCCCCUCGGUGCAUGCGCUGGCAGCUGACGCUGCUGGAGCGGGAGCAAGGGUGGUCUCCUCUCCAUGCCCCUCGCCUCAGCAAUGCCCCCCUGUGACGGUGCUGGAGCGCGAGAGGGGGCGGUCGGUGAUGAAUGGGCAGGAGGUGGCGCGCGUGGCACAUGCUCUCUUCCCCGAGAUGCCGCUGCUCAUCGCCCGGGUCGGCAAGGCCUCUGCCUCUGACCACGCUCUGCUGCUCAAGAACACCCUGGUGCUGAUAUCCCUGCACGGCACGCCGCUCACCACGGCACUCUUCAUGCCGCGCGGCUCAGUGGUGGUGGAGCUCUUCCCCUACAAGUUCCUCAGCACGCUCUACAAGAAGAUCGCCAUGCGCUCCGGUGUGCACUACCUCGCCUGGCGCAACAUCCAUGACAUCAGCGCCUUUUUCCGCAACUCGUGCAUGAAGGACGGGGGGUUCACGCACCUGCCCGAGGAGCAGUGCUGGAAUAUUCACGAAUGCGAAGGGAGCAGCAGCGCGUCGUCGAGUGACACCCAUAGCAGCACCGCCAAGGCGCUCGGCGCCCGCAGCGCAGCAAUCGUCCUUGCUCGCUCGGCACACGCGGUGUCACUAUCAGUGAACCCCUGGUGCGAGAGGAGAGGGGGCAGCAAGAGCAGCGUGGGCACACGGGGGGCAGCGAGAGGGGCGAUGGAGGCGGGAGCGAAGCGGCCUGAAGAUGUGUCUCUGCCCAAAGCGACAAUGAGUAGGCUAAUAAAGGAGAUGCUGCCACGCGACGUGCGAGUUUCCAAGGACACGCAAGACCUCCUCAUGGACUGCUGCCUCGAGUUCAUCAAUCUGAUCUCAUCAGAGGCGAAUGAGAUGUGCAGCAAGGAGGACAAGCGCACCAUCGCCCCCGAGCACGUGCUGCAGGCGCUCGAGUCGCUGGGCUUCAGCAGCUAUCUGGCGGAGGUGCAGGCAGCAUACGACCAGCACAAGUCUGAAACACUGGAGUCACCGCGGGCGCUGGGGCGGUCGAGCAGCAGCAAGGCAUCGGGGGCGGUGGGGAUGAGUGAGGAGGAGGCGAUAGCGGAGCAGCAGAAGAUGUUUGCCGAGGCGCGCGCUGCCAUGCUCAACCUGCAACGGCCCCCCUCCUGA